AACAAAAUCACGGGAUCCACCAUUGUACGAAAUGGCUACGCUUCACCACCAUCGGCCCAUUUCACUGACCGUUCUCCCUCCUCUCUCCCGGCUGAGACCUUCUUCGGCUAUCCCCGCAACGCUGUUCUCGGGCCCACCGCUCUCCGGACUGCCGUGCACUCCGUUAUCUGCUCGGGCCAUCCGCGAUAAGCGCAUCCUUGGACCCGUCCGUGGAUGCGCGACCUCAGAUUCCGCGAUUUCCCCCGGACCUCCACCCUCGUCGAGGAUCUUUGUGAAAGGAUUAUCUCGUUCAACGUCUGAGGGAUUCUUGGCAAAGACCUUUUCAUCCUUUGGAGAAGUCAAGAAAAUAAUGAUAAUUACAAGCAAAAGUUCGAAACAGUCUCUGGGACUUGCAUAUAUAUGGUUUGCCCGUGAACAAGAUGCACUAAUGGCGGUAAAGGAGAUGAAUGGAAAGUUUCUUGAUGGCAGGUUUGUUGCUGUCACAAUUGCAGAAGCUGAAUCUCCUUCUAAACAGGUAAGAGCCAAACCAUACAGAUUUUGACUCAAAUACUUGUGAAGUUGCUUCGAGAGGCACAGGAAGACAUGGUUUCAUUAGAGUUGAUCACAAGUUUAUGUAAUUUGGUUUUAGGUGUAUAAUUCUUUGGUUACAAAUACCUUUCGUAGUUUUGAUAUGUGAUGUACAAUCUAUUUUUCUAAUAUAUUGCCUUAUAUGAACACUAAUUUUCAUGUUUUCUAGAUAAUGUGAAUAUUUAUUCAUUCAGUCAUGAUUGACUGGGCAUCCGUGGACAUGUCUAUUUCCAAUUUUUCAAUCCAAAUAUUUCCUCAGAGAAAGGUGGACAGGGAUACAACUUCAAUGGUGGCAUAGCAUCACUAAUCAGUUUCACCUUGUGUCCCACAAUCUUAUCCUGGUCACAUCAGAAAAAUUGCAGAAUACUGGACCACUAGAUCAAACAGGGAUGCUGAUGCAGCUGAUUGGCCUCUUAUCUGGGGUGGUUUCUUCUCGUGCAAAUCUAAGGUGAAGUCUGUGUUGUUAAUUGCACACAUAUAAAUGCAUACAUGAUCAAACUUCUUGAUUUUUGGCUGUGGGUUUUCAUUUCA